AUGACUUUCACUCCAUCGCUGACCUGUGGGGGCACCGCUGGGGUUCAGCCUCGAGCAGUUGCUGGAUUCCGAGGAACCGUUCGCUACGCAUCUGUCAAUGCUCACAAAAACCGAGAGAUGGGUCGUCACGACGAUCUCUGGUCACUCUUCUACAUGUUGGUGGAGUUUGCAGUGGGUCAGCUACCCUGGAGAAAAAUCAAGGACAAGGAGCAGGUCGGUCUCAUUAAGGAAAAGUAUGAUCACCGCAUGCUCCUGAAGCACAUGCCGUCUGAAUUCCACAGUUUCCUUGAUCAUGUUUCCUCGCUGGAUUAUUUCACCAAACCAGAUUACCAGCUGAUCAUGUCUGUCUUGGAGAACAGCAGUAAGGAGAGGAACAUCACAGAGAACGAGGCCUUUGACUGGGAGAAGGGUGGCACUGAUAUUUUACUGUCGACUAGCACCCCCACACAGGCCCAGCUCCAUACCAAGCAGACAGCUGCCAUGUUUGGAGUAAUUAACGUGACCCCUGUUCCGGGGGACGUGCUCCGGGAGAACACAGAUGAUGUCCUACAGGAUGAGCAUCUGAGUGACCAGGAGAAUGCUCCCCCAAUGUUACCCGGAAAGCCAGCCGACAGCAGUGCAGUCCCCCCCAACCUGGUCUUCGAAACUGAGGGCUGGGAUGAGACAGACAUUAACAGGAACAAACUGCGAAUCAGUAUCAGCAAGACGCAGUGUGUGUUGGAUGAAGAGCUGAGCAGAGGGCCGUGUCCUAGCUCCCCAGGCCCUGAGCGGCAGCCAUCACUGAGGUAUCGGCGGGUCAACAGUCCGGAGUCAGACAGGCUUUCCAUGGCAGACGCUCGCGGAGACGGCCUGGAGAAACGGUCACGGAUGGAUUUUAUGGGUUCUCCAUCUCGGCACGUGUACUCUUCCCAGCAGGCUCAGCUGCUGUCAGUGAACAUGGGCCAGCUCCCAGCUGAGAGACCAUGCAGUGGCAAGAUGGAGGCUUCAGCGUCAGUGGAACAUGAGGCACUGAGCACAGCUUUCCGUUCCGUGCCGCUGGCUGAGGAAGAGGACUUUGACAGUAAAGACUGGGUCAUCAUUGAUAGGACAGAACUGAAAGACUUCCAGCCCGGUGUGGAGGCCAGCUCAUCAGGAACAACAGAUGAGGAGCCGGAGGAACUGCGACCCUUGGAGCGAGCUGAGGGAGUAGCUGUUCGCCCAAAGAGCCACGAAGUGAGGGCCAGGCCUGAGCAGGACAGUGUGAGGGAAACCCUGCUGCUGAGUCCUGGCCGCUCACCGCUACACCAUUCCCAGCCGGCAGCUCCCUGCACCAGGAGAGAAUCCGACCCAUCAGCCUCUGAGCCACAGGUGCUGCCCCCCACGGUUAAUGAGCUGGAUGCUGCCCCCAUGGCUACGAUUGCUGACCUCCCCUGCCCUUUUCGGCUGAGGGGGUCCCUGCCCAUCAGCCGGGCUGUUGCUGCCCGAGAGGUGGACAGUGAGAGAGAUCUCACUGACCGCCCACGGCGUGUGGAUUUCUCCCGAGUGGUCCUCACUGCUACAUUUGACCUGGAGUGUGAGCGGCCCGGCCAACAGGAGGAGGAAGACGAGGAGGAGGAGGAGGAGGAGAGUGCAGAUGUGAGGGAGCAGCAAGAGGAAGGAAAGGAGCUGAGUGAAUCGAGCAGUGAGCAGAGUGAUAAGAGCUCAGAGUGCAGUCAGGAAGCUGCUCCAUCGACACUGCUGGCUGACGAUCAGAGGGAAGGCCAGUGCCGUCUCUCGGCAUUUGAUGGAGAGCAGGAACAGGAGGAAGCCUCCAAAACCCUGGUACUGUUCUCACCUGGUGACCUUCAUAAAUCACCCACGGCAGGGGAGCUGGCACCUGACCCUGACCUUGGUACGUUAGCUGCUGUGACCCCCCAGAGCGAGAGGCCUCAGGCACUGGGCAGUCAGCUGGACGUGUCUGAACCUGGAACACUCUCAUCCAUCAUCAAGUCUGAAACGAAGCCACUCUGCCCCGUUGUCACUGCGGUGACCUCCUGUCCCUUCACCAAGGUUGAACGCACCUUCCUGCACAUUGCUGAGAAGACCCACCUCAACAUCAUGUCUUCCAGUGGACAACUCCUGCCUCAUGAUCAUUACGAGUUCUUCCAGCCCCGGGAAACACAAAAUGGCGGCUACUCCAUGGAGCAUGGACAGCCCACAGCCCCCAGUCCAACUGCACCCCAAGGUGGGGAGGCGAGGGUCCAGAAUGGGGUGGGAACAGGAGAAGACUCGCUGGAGAGGACACCCGAGCCUGAACCUGUAGGCCGAGUGGAGCCCAGGCACUCGCCUGAGGCAAAGACCAGGCAGGAGGGAGAGGGAGAAAGGAGCAAGACCCUGACUGGAGAUGGCUCUCUGAGCACAGCAACCAGUUCCCAAAGGAAGAGUCGGAUUCCAGUGUUGAUGUCAGAGGAGGAUACGGGAUCAGAUCACUCAGCAUCAGUCUCCUUCAAGACAAGACUGAGCCAGAGGAGGUCCAGGCACCUGGAUUUAGCUCGCGCGCUGAUGAACAAGAGGCAAUGUCGGCUCAUACAUCUUUCCUCACUCACUUCUUCCUCAGCUUCCUCAGGGGAAGAACGAAGGGCAGCCUCAGGAAGUUCACCAAUGACAGCCUCUGAGGAGGACACCAACUCUGACAGUUCCCUCAACAGAGCGGCCAAGGGGAGUGAGGCCUACUCCCAGCCUGCCCGGCCCCACCAGGCAGGGAGCAGCAAGAGCAAGAUCCCGCGGCCUAUCACCCUGGGGAAGGCUUCAUCAGUGGUCAGCUCUCCCCACAGCAGCAUCGUAAAACAGCCAGCCACCCACAGGGUUACGGUGAGUCAUGGAUCAGGGCUUCCUGGCUCUGUCCCUGACCAUGAUGGCUGGAUAAAGCAGCAGCGAGUGGAGUCCUUCCUGAGCCCAGGUUCGCUGCAGGUCUCUGUGUACAGUGGCCGGCCCGGCCUACUUCCAUGUCGGAGCCUGAGUGCCUCUCCACGGAUCCGGACAUUGAGCAGGACUGAUAGCCCGUCGCCAUGCCGACGCAGGAGGCUGAACACUGCAUUGUCAGGAAGUAGCGUGAGGGCCCCGGCUCUGUCUCCGGUUGGAGCCAGUGUUCACCAGAGCAGAGCCCGAAGCCAGGCUCCUGUUACCAAAGGCAGACCACUGGCUGCUGGAGGCCAGCAAGCUGCAAGAUAAUGGACAAGGGUCUUAACCCAGGCUCUGUCAGCCUCAGGUUACCUCACACACACACACACACACACACACACACACACACACACACACAGCACCAUCUCACAGCUAUCAGCAUCAAACUGUCCAACACAGCCAGCACCUCUCACACACACACAGACACACACACACAUACACACACACCCCACACAGACAGACACACACACACACACACACACCCCACACAGACAGACACACACACACACACACACACCACCUCACAGCUAUCAGCAUCAAACUGUCCAACACAGCCAGCACCUCUCACACACACACACUCUCUCUCACAGACACACACACACUCUCUCACACACACACACAGCACCAUCUCACAGCUAUCAGCAUCGAACCGUCUAACACAGCCACCCGGGCUCAGCACCUCACACACACAGAGACAGACACACAUACACAUACACACAGACACGCACUUAUACACAUACAAACAGACACACAGAGACACACACACAGACACUCCCCUCUGCUUACAGGCCGAGGGUAACACAGGAAAGACAGUCCCUCAUUAUGGAUCAAAUAGCUGUGCACUCAUUGUCCGUACCAACGCUGCAGAACAGCCCCAUCUCAGCAACACAACACCAAAUAUCCUUUACCCACAACAGCACUAACUGUAGAACAUGUUCUCAUUCACAGAGGGGAUUCUGGGACUGAGAGAGAACUCAUUCUUAGAGAGAGGGUCCGGGGUAAUGGGACUGAGAGAGAGAGAGAGAGAGAGGGUCCAGGGGACUGGGAGUGAGAGAGAGAGAGCACUCGCCCUCACUUUGUAUAACUUUGUGCAUUGUGCCUGCAUUGUUCCUCACACUGCUGUCCAUUGGCUGUUGCUGCUCUGCCCAGUCCCCUGGGUCACUCUGAGCUGUGUGAAGGAACACUUCUGUUGGUUAUGACUUGUAAUGGGCAGAGGCUGGAAUGGGAACACCGUGUUGGCACUGACUGGCAUGGUCUGUGUUCUUUCCACUUCCUUCCUUCCUGUGCCCAGACACGAGUUGCUAACGAGGUGAACUGUUGCUACAGGUUUGGGUCAAAGAUCGCAAUUUGAUCAGGGGUUUGCAAAGAACCGACCUGAAUAUUCCAUGACUAUAUAUAAAUGAAGCAGCGACCUUCCUGUUUACACAUUGCCAAUAGAAUGUAAAAACAAUGGGAAAUAAUAUAUUCUGCAUGCCACUUGUAUCAGCUGGAAACCAGAACACAGCAUGUAUCGUUUACUUCCUCCGAGAUGCACAGGGAGCCGGGAGUGACUCCUCAUCCUGCUGAAGGUGGAAGCAAUCGCAGCGUCUCUGUACACUGCCUUGAUUCACUUCUCUUUGGAAGACAGGAGCUCACUCCCCCUUCCCCCAGCUUCGCUUUGUAUUCUUGCGAAGCCAGCAGUAAUUAAUCCAGGAAGGAGCAAUGUACUUUUUCUGCACAUUUCAAAUCUCAGCAUUUUAAUCCCAAAUUGCUGGCAUCGAACAUUUGGUUAAUAUUAAACAAAUCGGAUUGC